AUGGUCGAAUAUCUCAGCCGUGCCCCAGGCCCGACCAUCGUGGUCGAUAAUACCUCAGACCUCGGCCUCGCACAGACAUAUCCCAUCUUCCUCAAAAAGGGCAUUUCAAUAGUAACCCCAAACAAGAAGGGAUUCUCACAGGAUAUCAGUCUCUGGAAUGAUAUUUUCGCUGCUGCAACAGAAGGAAAUGCUCUCGUGUACCAUCAGUGCACAGUGGGUGGUACACUACCGGUUCUCUCAACGCUGAGAGAUUUGAUAGCGACCGGUGACGAAAUUGUCAGAAUCGAGGGUGUUCUCUCAGGCACUCUGUCGCAUUUACUCGGUACAUACAUGCCUGGAUCUGGAACAUCGACGGAGAGUUGGAGUUCACUGGUCGCUCACGCUCGAGAGGCUGGUGAGACGGAGCCAGAUCCCCGAGAUGAUUUGAACGGCCUUGACUUUGCUCGAAAACUGACUAUAAUUGCGCGAAUCAUUGGCCUCAAGGUUACAGGCGCAGAUGAAUUCCCAGUUGAAUCGCUUAUCCCUGUGGAACUGAAGUCAUUGCCAUCGUCUAGCGAGGGCGUUGAGCAAUUCAUGAACCAAUUGCAUAGGUUCGAUUCCCGAAUGGAUGAAGCGAAGGAGGCUGCCCGGAAACAGGGGAAGGUGUUGCGCUACGUUGGUAGUAUUGAUGUGCCGACAAGAACCAUCAAGGUCGGACUCGAUCAGGUUGACAAGAAGAGCCCAAUUGCUGGGCUGGUGGGUAGUCAAUUUGUGAGCAUGUACACUAAACGAUACAAGGAGACCCCCCUUAAUUCUACAGGGAGGCGGCGGUGGAGGCGAGAUCACGGCUAUGGGAUUGAUGGCCGAUCUACUCAAGGUGAUGGAGCGACUAGGAUAGAUUAA